AUGGCGCCCAUACCAGUGACUAUUUUCACCGGAUUCCUCGGUUCUGGCAAGACGACUCUAUUACUAAACCUCAUCCCGCAACUACCGCAAACCUAUCGCCUGGCUCUUCUUAAAAAUGAAUUCGGCGAUGUCGCAGUCGAUUCUCAACUAGCCUCUACGAAAUCAAUUUCUGGUGUCCGCGAGAUGCUAAACGGCUGUAUCUGCUGCAAUCUCGUAGGGCAGCUGAGUGAUGCUCUUGAUCAGCUACGUGAAGAGGUCCACCCAGACCGAAUCGUGAUCGAGACCAGUGGAAGCGCAUUCCCUGCCACACUUGCAAUGGAAGUCAACCGUCUAGCGCGUGAGAAGGGCGGCGCCUAUGUGCUGGAUGGAGUCAUUAGUGUCAUCGACGUGGAAAACUGGGAGGGAUAUGAAGACACUUCAUACACGGCCAAAUUGCAGGCUAAAUACACAGAUCUCAUCAUUUUUAACAAAUGGGAGCUUGUGUCAGAACAGCGGUUCGAUGUAUGUCUAGACCGUGUGGGUGACUUGGGCCUUGAGACGCCCUACGUCAAGUCGAAUAAGGGCUUCGUUGAUAAGGAUGUUUUGCUGGGCAUUGACGGUGCUUUGUUCACCAAAGAGAAUGUUGAUGCAUCGGUAGCUGAAAAUAGCCAUGAUCACGACCACGAGCACAAGCACGAUCAUCAAUCUGAGGUGGAGGUUUUAUCUGUUGUCUUGAAGUCAUCUACCCCACACAAGACUAUCGACGUGUCGGCUUUGGAACAGCUGCUUUCUUCCGCACCCAAAGACGAGGCUUAUCGCAUCAAGGGAAUUAUCCGCUCUUCAUCUCAGACUCCACCCAUUGAAACCUCAGACGAACCCUCAUCUAGACAGCAAGGAGAUGACUCAGGGCCCCAGUACUAUAUCCUCAACUGGGCUUUUGGGCGAUGGACUUGUACGCCAUCAAAAGUUGUUGCUGAAUCUGCCGAUGAACACGUCUUUGCUCGCAUAACAUUCAUCCUAGCCCGGUAUGAGUCUGCUAAGUGGACGAAGAAGAUUCAAGGUGGCUUGCUUAAAGCAAGUGACGCAAGCGAGGUCAGCUUGACCGUGGAGCGCUUGGUUUAA